GCAUUUUCAGUUCAUUUCUUUCCGCCACUUUUUCCUCCUUUCCAUCCUUCUUCUUUCAUUAAGCAGAAAUUUUUUAGUCAUCCAUAAACCACCAUGGGAGCAGGCGAGAUUCAACUUCAAGAGAAACGAGUUCUGCUUAGUGCAGUAAAUGAUCACAAUCAAGAAGAGCUCGAUCAGGUCAACGCAUUGACUCCGAAACAGAGUACUAUUUUUCAAGAAUCCAAGAAGAUAUGGAAGGUUGCAUUGCCUGCUGUUCUAUCAGGUGUUGCUUCAUUCGGGACAUUGGUCGUCACUCAAUCUUUUGUAGGCCAUAUCAGCGAGUUAGAGCUCGCCGGUUACGCUCUGGUUCACAAUAUGAGUGUCCGGUUUAUCACCGGAAUCCUGAUCGGAAUGUCGAGCGCCACAGAAACGCUUUGCGGGCAAGCUUUUGGUGCGGGACAAUUCCACAUGAUGGGCAUUUAUUUGCAGAGAUCCUGGAUUGUUAAUUUCUUUGCUCUGUCUUUAUUUCUCCCCUGUUUCAUCUUCGGGACAUCCCUGUUUAGAUUUCUCGGAGAAGAAGAGAAAGUCGCGCAAUCUGCUGGGUAUGCGUCCCUCUGGUUCAUCCCUUUAAUCUACAGUUACGUUUUCUGUUGGACCAACUUAAAUUUCUUACAAGCGCAACAAAAAAAUACGAUCAUCGCUUGGCUGUCGAUUUCGCAACUGUUAAUUCAUGUUCCCCUGUCUUGGCUUCUUGUCUACACUCUGAAUUGGGGAACUGCCGGCGGGAUUCUAGCUCUGGGGAUUUCUUCGUGGCUUGUGGUAAUCGGGGAAUUCGUGUACAUUUGCGGAGGCUGGUGCCCGGAUUCAUGGACAGGUUUUCAAAUGGCUGCAUUUAAAGAUAUCUGGCCGGUGGUGAAACUCUCUGUAUCUUCAGGGGUGAUGCUUUUUCUAGAGUUAUGGUAUAAUUCCGUGUUGGUACUUCUUGCCGGAUACAUGAAAAAUGCUGAGGUCGCUAUCUCGGCUUUCGCGAAUUGCCUGAGUAUCAACGGAUGGGAAUUAACGAUCAGCCUCGGGUUCUUCGGCGCCGCCUGUGUUCGGGUUGCUAAUGAACUAGGCAGGGGAGAUGCCAGAGCUGCGGAAUUCUCAAUUAAGGUACUUUUCAGCACAUCAUUUCUGAUAGGGGUUUUCUUCUGGGCUGUUUGCUUAAUGUUUGGGAACAAAAUCGGGUACUUGUUUUCCAACGAAAAAGAAGUCAUCGACGGCGUGUCGGAACUAUCUGUUCUGCUUGCAUUCUCAAUCUUGUUCAACGGAAUUUAUCUGGUGCUCUCCGGCGUGGCGGUCGGAGCUGGUUUGCAGAAUUCAGUUGCCAUUAUCAACCUUUGUUGUUAUUACUUGAUUGGAAUUCCAAUUGGGAUUUUGCUUGGGUAUUUGAUUGACUUGCAAGUUAAGGGCAUUUGGAUUGGAAUGUUAUGUGGAGUUGUUACUCAAAGUUUUGCACUGUCCUUCAUGACUUGGAGAACGGAUUGGGAUUUAGAAGUGAGUAAAGCUAAGCAACGACUUAAACGGUGGGAAUUGAAAUCUCCUGGCGAUGAUGAGUCUAAUCAAAGUUUUGACCAUACCAAUUCCGAAAUGGUGACAUUGAAGAGCACGUUAUCAUAGCCAAUUUGAUUCUCUUAAUCAUUUUUAUUUAUUUAUUAUUAUUUUUUUGUUGGUUGUGAAGAAAAGAAAAGAUGAAUUCAUAAGGAAAUAUCAAAUAUGGAAAUUGUUGGGUGGAGAGAGACAUGUGAAAAUGAAACAUAUAAGAGAAUAUUUUCUCUUGAAUGCCACAUCCCCUAAUGGGAGCAUGACCUUACCUGACCUUUCAAAUUGGGCAAGUAAUUAUCUGUGUAACAUAAUUUUCUAUGGUUGUUGAGACUCUGUCUUUCUAUUUGUAUCAACCACUAAAUAUAAUUAAAAAAAAUUAGUGUUCA